AUGGAACUUUCCAAACAUAUUCAUUUGCGUGUUAUGGUUACAACCGGCGGAACAUCAUUACGCGAAGAUAUCUCACGCCUACAAGAAGUUGUUCACAUUGUUAUUGCAACACCUGGCCGUUUAUUAGAUUUAGUUAAUAAAAAUUUAGCUAAAGUUGAUGCAUGCCGUGUAAUUGUGUUGGAUGAAGCUGAUAAAUUACUUUCACAAGAUUAUAAUCAUUUGCUGGAUGAACUUUUAUAUGCUAUGCCAAAUGAUCGACAAGUUAUGCUUUUUUCAGCAACAUUUCCAUUAACGGUGGAUGACUUUAUUCGUAAACAUAUGAAACAAGCAUAUGAAAUAAAUCUUAUGGACGAACUAACACUUAAAGGUAUUACACAAUAUUACGCAUUUGUACAAGAACGACAAAAGAUUCAUUGUUUAAAUACACUUUUUUCAAAGCUACAAAUCAAUCAAUCGAUUAUUUUCUGUAAUUCAACACAGCGUGUUGAACUUUUAGCUAAAAAAAUUACCGAAUUAGGUUAUAAUUGUUAUUAUAUACAUUCAAAGAUGCGACAAGAACAUCGUAAUCGUGUAUUUCACGAUUUUCGUACUGGUCUUUGUCGUAAUCUUGUUUGUUCGGAUCUAUUUACACGUGGUAUUGAUAUUCAAGCUGUAAAUGUUGUUAUCAAUUUCGACUUUCCUCGCUAUAGUGAAACUUAUCUCCAUCGUAUUGGUCGCUCGGGUCGUUUUGGUCAUUUGGGUAUAGCAAUCAGUUUAAUAACAUAUGAAGAUAGAUUUGCUGUACACAAGGUCGAACAAGAAUUAGGUACAGAGAUAUUACCGAUUCCACGUCACAUUGAGGAAGAUCUUUAUGUGGCUAAAGGACUAUCUAUUGAACAAUUACCCGAAGAACAACAUCAAUAA